AUGACACUCAGGUGCUACGGCCAAGCUUGCAACAACCUCAACAUCACCUACGACAACCUGCAUCUUGUCAAAACCCGCAGCUUCGGAGCCAUAUCGCCCAUCAUGGCUCCAAACCAAACGUCCAUGUUCCGCUCGGCGGACAUGAGCAUGGUCCAGCUGUACAUAUCGAAUGAAAUCGGAAGGGAGGUCGUCAACGCCCUGGGAGAGCUUGGAUUGGUCCAGUUCCGUGAUCUCAACGGCGAUGUCAGUGCCUUCCAGCGUACCUUCACCCAAGAGAUCCGACGCCUUGAUAAUGUUGAACGCCAGCUUCGCUACUUCCAUAGCCAGAUGGAAAAGUCCAAUAUUCCUCUGCGAAAGUUGGAUCUCGAUGUCGAAAGCCUUGCUUCUCCCACCACGCACGAGAUCGACGAGUUGGCUGAGCGCAGUCAGAGCCUGGAGACGCGAGUUGCAUCCUUGAACGAGAGCUACGAAACACUGAAGAAGCGUGAAGUCGAGCUGACUGAGUGGCGAUGGGUUCUCAAGGAGGCUGGAGGCUUCUUUGACCGCGCUCACGGCAACGUUGAGGAGAUUCGACACUCGACCGAGGACGACGAUGCCCCCCUUCUGCAGGAUGUCGAGCAAAACGGCCAGGCAGCUGAUGCUGAUCGAUCGUUCUCGGGCAUGAACAUUGGCUUUGUCGCCGGUGUCAUCCCUCGUGACCGCGUCGGCCCCUUUGAGCGUAUUCUUUGGCGUACGCUUCGUGGCAACUUGUACAUGAACCAGUCCGAGAUCCCGGAGCCUCUGGUCGACCCCACAACCAACGAGACUGUCAACAAGAAUGUCUUUGUCAUCUUUGCUCAUGGUAAGGAAAUUCUUGCCAAGAUUCGCAAGAUUUCCGAGUCUAUGGGGGCCGAGCUCUACAAAGUCGAUGAGGACGGCAACGAGCGUCGUGAUCAGGUCCACGAGGUCAAUGUCAGGUUGAACGAUCUCCAGAAUGUGUUGAGAAACACCCAGAACACCCUGGAGGCUGAGUUGACUCAGAUCGCUCAGUCGCUGUCUGCUUGGAUGAUCCUCGUCACCAAGGAAAAGGCAGCAUACCAGACGCUCAACCUAUUCUCUUUUGAUAAGCAGCGCAGGACUCUCAUUGCUGAAGGCUGGUGCCCUACCAAUGACUUGCCUCUCAUCCGCUCCACACUUCAAGAUGUGACAAACAGAGCAGGUCUCUCUGUUCCAUCCAUCAUUAACGAGAUCCGCACAAACAAGACGCCACCAACCUACUUGAAGACGAACAAGUUCACCGAGGCCUUCCAAACCAUCAUCAACGCCUAUGGUACCGCAACGUACCAGGAGGUCAACCCUGCCUUGCCUGCUAUUGUUACUUUCCCUUUCCUCUUCGCUGUCAUGUUUGGUGACUUUGGUCACGCCGUCAUCAUGUUCCUCGCCUCCCUGGCCAUGAUCUACUGGGAGAAGCCCCUCAAGAAGGUCACGUUCGAAUUGUUCGCCAUGGUCUACUAUGGUCGAUACAUUGCCUUGGUCAUGUCUAUCUUCUCGCUCUAUACCGGUCUCAUCUACAACGAUGUCUUUUCCAAGUCCUUGACUCUUUUCGAUAGUGCUUGGAAGUGGAACGUCCCUGAUGACUGGAAGGAAGGCCAGACCCUUGAUGCUCAGCUCGUGAGCGACUACCGCUACCCGUUCGGUAUCGAUUGGAGAUGGCACGGAGCCGAGAACGAUCUUCUCUUCAGCAACAGUUACAAGAUGAAGAUGAGUAUCAUCCUUGGUUGGUUCCACAUGACUUACUCCUUGUGUCUUUCCUACUUCAACGCUCGUCACUUCAAGAAACCGAUCGAUAUCUGGGGCAACUUUGUUCCUGGAAUGAUCUUCUUCCAGUCCAUCUUUGGCUACCUGGUCAUAUGCAUCAUCUAUAAAUGGUCGAUUGACUGGUCCAAGGCUGACUCUUCGCCUCCGGGUCUGCUCAACAUGUUGAUUUACAUGUUCCUGCGACCAGGUUUCGUUGACGAGCAGCUGUAUCCCGGACAAGGCACUGUACAAGUCAUUCUUCUCUUACUCGCCUUCGUCCAGGUCCCUAUUCUUUUGUUCCUGAAGCCAUUCUAUCUUCGCUGGGAGCACAAUCAGGCGCGCGCCAAGGGCUAUCGCGGUAUUGGCGAACACUCGAGAGUGUCUGCCCUAGAUGAGGACGAGGAUGGCGAUGGUCAUGUCGGCAACGGUAGAGCCAGUUUCGACACGGAUGACGGUCAAGGUGGUGCAACUGGUCAAGGUGAUGAUGACGAGGAGGGUCACCACGAAUUUGAAUUUAGCGAGAUCAUGAUCCACCAGGUCAUUCACACCAUUGAAUUCUGUUUGAACUGUAUUUCUCACACUGCUUCAUACCUUCGUCUUUGGGCUCUGUCACUUGCCCACCAACAGCUCAGCGUCGUCCUUUGGAGCAUGACCAUUGGCGGUGUUCUUUCCAAGACUGGUGCCCUUGGAGUCAUCAUGAUUGUCAUUGCUUUCUACUUGUGGUUCUUCUUGACUUGCGCCAUCCUUAUUGCCAUGGAGGGCUGCUCUGCCAUGUUGCACUCUCUACGUCUCCAGUGGGUCGAAGCACAGUCAAAGUACGCAGAGUUCGCUGGUCACAUGUUCACGCCGUUCUCCUAUGGCACCUUGUUAGAAGAGGACGAGGGCCUGGCCGAAUUCCGAGGUUAA